CCUUUCCAUAGCUUCACAUAGUGCAUUAUAACUCGGACAGAUACCCGGAUUUGAAAGCGGCAAUGGACAAGUCAGAUGGACUGGCCGUCUUGGCCAUCCUGAUCGAGACCGGUCCAUUCAAUCCUUCCUAUGAAAAUAUCUUCAGCCACUUCCAGAAUGUGAAAUACAAAGAUCAGGAAACCUUCAUCCCGGGUUUCAAUGUCCAGGAUUUGCUCCCAGACCGACUGGACGAAUAUUAUCGCUACGAAGGGUCCCUGACCACCCCUCCUUGCUACCCAAGCGUCCUUUGGACGGUUUUUAGGAAACCGGUGCAGAUCUCGGAGGAACAGCUGCUGGCCCUGGAAACGGCUCUGUUUUGCACGCAGCCCAACGAUCCUGCUCCUCUCAAAAUGGUGGACAAUUUCCGGAGAGUCCAGGAGUUUGACGAAAGGCUGGUUUCGGUCUCCUUUCGAGAAGAUGCAGCACACGGUGGACUGAGCGUGGGUUUCGUGCUCUUGGUAGUAUUGGUCAGUAGCUUCAUAAUGGUCGCUAUCACCGCCGCGGCAUUUUGGCUGAUUCGCAGGAGAAAGAGCAGCAAAAGGACAAGAGAAGGCAAAGGGGUCAUCUACAAGCCAGCGGUCAGCAAAGAAGAAGAGAAUAUCUCCAAAGCCUAAGCCUGGCUCUGAUACCCAAGUCGCCCAUCUUUUUCCACAGCUUUGCCAAAAUAUUCAAGUCUUCUUUACAGAUCGGCAGCCCAAACUUUCAUAUACCUCUGGCCUUUAGCUGUCAAUUAAGGUGGGAUGUGACUUUUCCCUCUGAGCUCAAAAAAAGGGCAUAUCCAAAUGUUAUAUUUUGUACAUUUGAGUAUGAAAGGUCAGGCAAAGUUUGCUCUUCAGCAGUUCUAUAUGUGGCAUUAAAGAGAGAUUAAAGUGCACUUAAAGCAUCCCGCAAAUAAAGCGAAAAUGGCAAAUCAUUGCACAAAUAAAAUGAUAUUGGAAAUGCAUUGCUGGUGAAAUCCUGAAAGUAAAAAGAUGCGCAUUAAUGCUCCUUUGUGACCACUUUAAUGGUAGGAUAUCGUUUUGUCUAAGAUAUUCACGGGAUAAACUCCCAAUCUCCUUUGUGUGAUAAACUCCUAUGACUCUUUAUUGCAUAUCCAAAAAUGUCUUGGUGCAUCUACAUUGUAGAAAUAAUGCAGCUUCACACCACUUUAAAGGCUGUCGCUUCAUUCUAUGGGAUCCUAAGAUUGAUAGUUUUACAAGGUCUUGAGCCUUCUCUGCCGAAGCCUCACAAAACUACAAAUCCCAGGAUUGCACAGGAUGAAGUCAUGACAGUUAAAGCGAUGUCUAAUUGCAUUAUUUCUACGGUGUAGACGCACCCUCAAAAAGUACCAAAUGAUGCAUUGGGAGCUGGCGAGGGUCUCAGUUUACGCUGCAUUUCUAAACAUGAGAUUUAGGAAUUUCUUCUGAUGCGCAUGAGAGCAGUUUGAAGAAAACCAUUCAGUCCUAUUUGUAAGCAUCUAAAUGGGGAACACUCUUUUGCAAGGGCUGGCUUAAGGUGUUUUGCCGGUCUGACUCUGGGCAGCAUCUUUUCUACUAAAAUAGUUCAAGUGAACACUGUAUUUUCAUUGAAAUUAUACUGAAUUAUUGUUAACUUUGGGAUAAAGACAACCUUGUUUCCUCCUUUGUGGUGAACCCAGGUAGGAGAAGCAGGAGGUUUGUAGAGAAGGUUCUACCUUGUGAUAAUAAUGAUGACCUUUAUGAACAAAAUCUGUAAUUGUAUGUUUAUUGAGCAGCACACAAUAAAUAUUUUUAUUAA